AUGUUCUCAAGGGCCAUCCGCCAGUCGAGCCGCCGGGUCGCUGCAAUCUCUGCCACGAGCAGGAUUGCGUCGGCCCGCGCUCCCGCGUUCAUCAACGCUACCCGAUCCUACGCCGCCGAAGCGAAGGCCACCCCCACCGAGGUUUCCUCCAUCCUGGAGCAGAGGAUCCGCGGUGUCCAGGAGGAGAACUCCCUCUCCGAGACUGGUCGUGUUCUCUCCGUCGGUGACGGUAUCGCCCGUGUCCACGGCAUGAACAACGUCCAGGCUGAGGAGCUUGUCGAGUUCGCCUCCGGUGUCAAGGGCAUGUGCAUGAACUUGGAAGCCGGCCAGGUCGGUGUUGUGCUUUUCGGUUCUGACCGUCUCGUCAAGGAGGGUGAGACCGUCAAGCGUACCGGAGAGAUUGUCGACGUUCCCGUCGGCGAGGCUCUUCUCGGACGUGUCGUUGACGCUCUCGGUAACCCCAUCGAUGGAAAGGGUCCCCUCAAGACCACCGAGCGUCGCCGUGCUCAGCUCAAGGCCCCCGGUAUCUUGCCCCGCCAGUCCGUCAACCAGCCCGUACAGACUGGCCUCAAGUCUGUCGACGCCAUGGUUCCCAUCGGACGUGGUCAGCGUGAGUUGAUCAUUGGUGACCGUCAAACCGGAAAGACCGCCGUUGCCCUCGACGCCAUGCUUAACCAACAGCGAUGGAACAAGGGUACCGACGAGACCAAGAAGCUCUACUGUAUCUACGUCGCCGUCGGUCAGAAGCGAUCCACCGUCGCCCAGCUCGUCAAGACCCUUGAGGAGAACGACGCCAUGAAGUACACCAUCAUUGUCGCCGCCACUGCCUCCGAGGCUGCGCCCCUGCAGUAA